AUGCCGGAGGAAAUCCUCAAUGACAUCUCGCACCGCCGAUUCAACCCGCUUCGGGGCUCCUGGAUCCUGGUCUCGCCGCACCGCACCAAGCGUCCCUGGCAAGGCCAGCAAGAGGCUGCUAAGCAGACGACGCUCCCAGCCUACGACGAAUCCUGCUACCUGUGCCCGGGUAACCAGCGCGCGGCGGGCGACUCGAACCCCAAGUAUGAAAGCACGUACGUCUUCGUGAAUGAUUACUCUGCGGUGAAGGAAACGCAGGCCGAGUACACCCCGACGGCGCAGGACACCGACAGUCUCGAGUCACGCCUCCUCCAGGUGGAGCCGGUCACAGGCAAGUGCUACGUGAUCACGUUCUCACCGGCGCACAACGUCACGUUGGCAGACAUGGUCCCCGCGGACAUCGUGCCGGUCAUCGAGACGUGGACACGCAUCUACACCGCGCACCUGUCGCCCAAGUCGCCGCUCGCCGCCGUCGCUGGCGCUACUACCCUGCCGCCUCUUGGACACGAUAGCGCUGCGACGGCGCCGGCCCAGCAGUUGCGGUACAUGCAGAUCUUCGAGAACAAGGGCGCCGCUAUGGGCUGCUCCAACCCGCACCCUCACGGCCAGGUUUGGACGACGACUGGCAUGCCCGAGGAGCCUGGACUGGAGCUGGUGCAGCUGCAGAAGUACCGUUGUGAGCACAGCGGAAAGAACAUGCUGGAGGAUUAUGCGCAGCUGGAGGCUAGCAAGCAGGAACGCGUCGUCUUCGAGAACGAGACGUUCUUGGCACUAUGCCCGUGGUGGGCUGUCUGGCCGUUUGAGGUGAUGAUUGUGAGCAAGAAGCACAAGCGGGCUCUGGUGGACUUUGAUGCGAAGGAGAGGGAGAAUCUGGCGGAAGCGAUUGCGGAGGUCACGAGGCGGUACGACAACUUGUUUGAGACCCAUUUCCCGUACAGCAUGGGUCUUCACCAAGCUCCUCUCGAUGGUACGGAUGAGGAGAUUGAGGCCAGUCAUUUCCACAUGCACUUCUACCCGCCUCUGCUUCGGAGCGCUACUGUGCGCAAAUUCCUUGUUGGAUAUGAAAUGAUGGCUGAGCCGCAACGUGACAUUACGCCAGAACAGGCAGCCGCUCGUCUCCGCAACUGCGGCGGAGAGCUCUACAGGAAGAGGCUUCAGAGCUAG